AUGAGAUAUUUCAAAUUCAGAAUUGUAUUGGAAAAUGUGUCAACAAAUGGUUUUUUAUCAACAAGUCGAAAUAAAAAUGUUGUUGAAUUAUUUGCUGCAAAUGUUUUAUUUCAUAUUCAAAUUGAUACCUCAUUGAAUAAUAUUAUAUAUGCAGCUAUUUCUCGUUUGAGUGCAGUACCAGACGAAGAAGAAGUAUUAUGA